GGAAGUGACCUCAGCUAGUGGAAAAGAUGGAGGAAGAUGUGGGGAAGUGAGUGAAGCGGAGCGCCCUGUAUGUAGUGUUGUUAGUAGUAACCCGUGUAGCUGCAGGUGUGUGUGGGACAGAGGAUGCGGCACGGAGAUUUCAGGUUAGAAUAAGUUAGCAGGCUGCUGAUCCCUGCUAACUACAAGCAUCCUCGUUGCGCACCAUCCAACCACGGCGGCACACGUGAAGCCCACUGUGUGCAGAGUCGUCGUCUAUUUGCAGAGAGAGAUGUCAGGAGAUACUUGCUUAACAGCUGUGUGCCCGGCCUCUGGAGCCAAACCAAAAACCUACAGCUUCAAAGGAGGAUGCUUAGGAAAUAAGUAUAUCCGGCUGAAUGUCGGAGGCUGCUUGUAUUAUACUACAGUGCAGGUGCUCACAAGACACGAUACUAUGCUCAAAGCUAUGUUCAGUGGGCGCAUGGAGGUUCUGACAGACAAGGAAGGUUGGAUUCUUAUUGACCGUUGUGGAAAGCAUUUUGGAAGCAUUUUAAACUAUCUUCGAGAUGAUACCAUUACUCUUCCUAAAAGCAGACAUGAAGUCAAGGAGUUAAUGGCUGAAGCCAAAUAUUACCUCAUUCAAGGCUUGGUAGAUAAGUGCCAAGCAGCACUACAGGAUAAGAAUGAUACAUAUGAGGCAGUCUGCAAUAUUCCUAUUAUUACAUCUCCCAAAGAAGAAGAGAAGCUUAUUGAAUCCUCUGCCAAGCCAGUGGUAAAGCUGCUGUACAACAGAAGCAACAACAAAUACUCUUACACCAGCAAUUCAGAUGACAAUCUCCUGAAAAACAUUGAACUAUUUGACAAGCUUUCCCUCCGCUUCAAUGGUCGUGUCUUAUUUAUUAAGGAUGUGAUUGGUGAUGAAAUUUGCUGCUGGUCAUUCUAUGGUCAGGGUCGAAAGUUAGCAGAAGUCUGCUGCACUUCAAUUGUUUAUGCCACAGAAAAGAAGCAAACAAAGGUUGAGUUCCCCGAGGCACGCAUCUAUGAAGAGACUCUAAAUGUUCUGCUGUAUGAGACCCCUCGAGUCCCUGACAACUCCUUGCUAGAAGCCACUAGCCGCACCCGCAGCCAAGCGUCCCACAGUGAAGAUGAUGAAGGUUUUGAGCUUCGUGACAGAGUGCGUCGUAUUCAUGUAAAGCGAUACAGCACCUAUGAUGAUCGACAGCUUGGUCACCAAUCAGCUUACAGAGACUGACCCUGCGGUGAUGAGCUUUUAAGAAAUGUGGUGAAGAUGUUCUUUGCCUGGAGACUAUUUUUAUUUUAGCCUGACCCUUUUUGUGGGAGCUGACAUAUUUAAUUGUCUUAAAUUUGGAUUUCUUGAACCUCAACCACUCGACAGAAUAAAGUGUAGAGCAUUUCCAUGUGCUGCUCUCUAUACAAAGAGACUCUCUCAGUCAAAUCAAAUGAAAAUAUAUAAAUGCAUAUAUAUUUAAUCAUUUUGUAAAUUUCUGCAGUUUCCUGAUGUGAGGGUAACAUUACAUGUGUCCAGUGUUUUGCUUCUAGGCCUGGGAUAGUGCAACUCAGCUGGAUGUUUAGGGUCAUGAAGGGGAAACACACUGGAGGCAAGAAUGGAAUGCACAGAAAUGUGUAAGUGACAUAACAUUUCAGGGAGAAGAACGGCACAUUUCACAAAAAAGUACUGCCCCUAAAACACUCUGCCUCUAUCAUGCUUUUAAGAAGUGACUUAAAACCGGGGUGCUCAUUUGCUGAACAUAUUGACAAAUGUUUGGCAUCAGUAUGUUUAUGCUUCUAAGCCCGCCUUUAACCAAUCAUUUUUAUAGUUGGAUUCUAAAUAGUAGUUUUUAGCUUUUAUUUUCCCUUAAAGUAACAUAAAGUGAAGGGGCAUAGGGAACUCCACACAGAAACCCCUUUCUGCACAUUGGAAUUUAUAGGUUAAAGGGGAGCUUCCAUAUUGCAGUACAAAAUAUUCAUCGCAGACUAGUACAACAGUUAUUCUUGCUUUAUAUUAUAACUGUUAUAAGUUCAGAUAUGCUGACGUGGAAUUUUCUGUGCAGAUAAUAGGCAUUGUUUUUUGGCCCCAAAAUUUGUAUUUAACCUACAGAAUGUUUUUGUAUGUGUUUUUGUUUUUUAUUUUAUUAUUUUAACCCAGGGGUUUUUUGGGAGCAUUAGAUGUUCCCACAACCUUUACUCUAACCUACUGAGAGGGCUUUCUAGGUUUUACUUUUAACUUAUGUGACAAAGCAGACAUUGCAACUAUGUUAUUAAAUGAUACUGAUUUUUAGUUUUGUUAAAAUCUUUAUAUACCAGUAACAGCCAAAUGCUCCCUAUAUAGACUGGGUUUACUCUGCACUCUUCUUA